AUGGUCUGUCAAAAAGAUGCAAAUUUUUGCUCCCCGAUGACAAGCAUUCCUAAAUCGAACGAGGUAGUCUUCAUAAGGAACUACUACAGUAUGCUCUGUAAUAGACCAUCGCUUAUCCACCAGUAUUACAUGAAAGAUUCUCAACUUACAAUAAGCAAGGAGAUGGACAAACCCGAGAUAUGUACAGAGGAUUUUGGAAAAUAUAUCAAAUCAAAGAUAUCUAACCCGAUUUCAAAAGUGCUUAUAUCCCAUCUGUCCUGUCAAAAGAUAGAUGAUUUGAGAUCGAUCAUAAAUGUCAUUGGGCAGUUUGUUUACAAUGAUAUAUCUCAAGUAAGGAUAACUCAUCAAUUUAUUGUUUCAAAGUCCGACUCUACUCUAUACAUCAAGAACGAGAUCCUGACAUUUCUUGAUGAGGAAGUUAUUUAUGAAACCGAGAGUGAUGCAAAAAGAGUCAUAGUUGUCUCGUGUGGAAAGAAUGGCAUGCCACAGGCGAUUAGUGCGAUUUCCGAGUUUGGAAAGGUUAGAUCUAUGAAGUCCGAGAACGAUGGCAAGGUUGUUAUGACACUCAAUAGUAUGGAGGAUGUGGAGAAUAUCAAAAGAAAUAUUGCAAAGAUUGUUUCACAGGGAUACAAGCUGGAAUUUGGUGGGCUAAAGGUAUGA